UAUAUAGCCUAGCAGCCAUUUUCUUCGUGUAUGCGCAGCAGUAGGAUUCAUUCGCGGAGUUACUGAAAAAGAGAAAGAGCGCAAAAGACUCCGUGCUCAGUGCUGUGCUGCUUGCUGCUGCUGUUGUGUGUUAUAAGUGUGUUAUAUACAUUUAAUACUCGAACGCAAUAUUAUACACCAAGACGUGGUGGUAUCAUAGGUGAUAGUCCAGUGUAUCCCCCGUUAGCACAACGUAUAUACCAGCGAGAGCUGUUAUACAGCAUUACAGAGCAACGUACAAAAGAUCAGUGUUUUGGAGUCGUCGUCGAGUACAGUAUUCAAUAAACUUUAGUCUCAUAUACAUUGAAAAAAAAUCUAACAUCUACUUACUGAAGUAUGAGUAAUUGAUCAGAUUGGAUAAUAUAUUCUCUGGCUUCUCUUUUCAACCAUUUUUACAUCUGCUUCUCAACUCACAUUGAUAUUGCUGAAAAAUGGCAUCUCGCAAGAAAGUUUUACUGAAAGUCAUCAUUUUGGGAGAUUCAGGAGUUGGUAAAACAUCUUUGAUGAAUCAAUAUGUCAAUAAGAAAUUCAGUAAUCAAUAUAAGGCUACCAUAGGAGCUGACUUUCUAACUAAGGAAGUCAUGGUCGAUGAUAGAAUAGUGACGAUGCAGAUUUGGGACACUGCAGGACAAGAAAGAUUUCAAUCUUUAGGAGUAGCUUUUUACAGAGGUGCAGACUGCUGUGUUUUAGUAUUUGAUGUAGCUGCACCCAAUACCUUCAAGUCUUUGGAAUCAUGGAGAGAUGAAUUUUUGAUCCAAGCAUCGCCAAGAGACCCAGACAAUUUUCCAUUCGUUGUACUUGGAAAUAAAGUUGAUGUAGAAAAUAGAGCGGUUUCAAGCAAAAGAGCUCAACAGUGGUGUCAAUCAAAAAAUAGUAUCCCAUAUUUUGAAACCAGUGCAAAAGAGGCAAUUAAUGUAGAGCAGGCUUUCCAAACAAUAGCUAAAAAUGCAUUGGCCCAAGAAAGUGAAGUUGAACUUUAUAAUGAAUUUCCGGACCAAAUUAAAUUGACGAACGAUCAAAGAAAUAAUGGAAAAGGAGAUUCGUGUGCUUGCUAGGUACCAAAUUCAAAAUACUUUGGAUGAAUUGAAACUACAAAUCAGAUAAAUUACAUUUUGUGAGAAUCUCUAUGUCAAAAAAUGUUCGAAAAGCAAGUUGGCCAAGUCAAUUGAGGCAUUUAUAUUUCAUAUUUUAUUGAACAUGAUACUGUUUAGUUGGAUUAUAAAUGAUUAUGUACAUGAGAGUAAUUUUUUGUUGAGAAAAUUGUUUUAUUUUAGUGAUAUUUGUUGAAUUGAUUCGUACAAAAAAUUUCCGUAUAAAAUAAAAUUUUGAAUCAAAUUACACAAGAUAUAAUUUUAUUUUGAUAUAUUUUUAUUUGAGGUUGCAUUAAGCAAGAAAUAGACGAAAUCGUAUUAUUUAUCUGAUUGGAUGCUUUUUUAAUCAUUAUUUUAUAAUGCUGAUACAGUCUUGCACUUGCAAAAUCGAUGUCGCCACUGGUAAAUGUGGCAAAAGAGAUUUCUACUGCGUAAUUAGCAAAAAGUAUGUAAACGUCUGUGCAUGUUACUGGCAAAUAAUAACUACAUACUAUACAAAUGUUUUAUAGAGCAUCGCUCAUAUUUUCAGCUGUAUUAUAAUUAAUCUCCAAACUCUGUUUGAAAUCCAUGAUUUGUAGCACUAUUCUUAUUUUAUCAAUAUCAAUUAUCUUACGAGGAUUUACUUCAUAUUUUUGAAAAUUUUGUUACAAAUUAAAAAUAAGAGAUAUGGGCUAAUAAACGAUAAAUCAAGUUAUUUAAAAAAA